AUGCUAUGGCUGGCCCACAAUGUCUGGGAAAGAAGCUUCAGCUCAGAAAUCUUGGACAGUGCUUACAAACCACUGAACCUCCCCAUAAGGAUGACUGCCUCUGCCAUUGAAAAAUAUGUAAAGUUUGUGGACCACUUCCUGGAAUCAGUAGAGAAGCACUUCAUGGAAGGCUAUCAGGUGAACUAUUACAUCUUCACCGACCACCCCCAGGCAGUUCCCAGAGCCAUACUGCAGCCUGCCCAAAGCCUCUUCAUGGUCCCGAUCAGAAAAUAUUCCCACUGGCAGAAGAUUGCCAUGUGCAGAAUGGAGGCAAUAAACAGGCAUAUUGCAGAAACAGUCCACUGGGAGGUGGAUCGCUGGAUACUGAUGUUCUGUCUGGAUAUUGCUACGGUGUUCCACAACCCAUGGGGGGCAGAGACACUGGGAGAAGUGGUGGUAGCCAUAUACCCUGGCUACUUCAACAUCCCUCAAAGACAGUUCUCCUAUGAGAGAAGGAGCGCUUCAGCAACCUUCAUCCCUGAUGGAGAGGGGAACUUCUACUAUGGAGGGGCUGUCAUUGGAGGGCUGGUCAAGAAGGUGUAUGAUAUCACUUAGAUGUGUCACAUAACCCUUCUGGCAGAUGAAACCAAGGGGAUCAUGGCAGCUUGGCAGGAGAGUCAUCUGAAUAGGUACGUCUUGUCCCACAACACUGCCUGA